AAUUUACCAAAAAAGCAACCAUGUUUACCUAUACCGCAACAUUGAAGGCCUCAGUCACAUUAUUCAAAUGCUCAAAACAUACUCGCUUACACGCAAUGGCUGCGCCACCAACAACCACCCUCUCCUCCGGCGCCCUCUCCAUUGACACGUCUUCCCCAACAGGAAACUUCAUCAAUGAAACAAGACCCACCUCCAUUAGCCUACAAGAAUGGCAGGCCUGGGGUACGAAUUCCCCAAUACCAAAACAAGUGGCAAAAAUUGUUGAUGAAAUGAUUCUCUUGGAGAAAGAAAGUGAUGCCCAGAUGAAAUUUGGAGGCCUUGGUGGUAAACUCAAGGGGGACUUUAGGACGCAAGAAGAGAAGAAGCACAGAUCAAAGUAUAGGGCUUUAGAUGAUUCGGAACAAAAGCUCCAGUUUUUUUCAUCUAGACAAAUAGCAUGCCGUUUACUUGGAAGCCGAGGUUAUCUGUGCCAAAAGUGUUGGCUUCCUCUUGAAGAUUGCAUGUGUUCAAGCGUUGUUCCUUCCUCUCUUUGGCAUCGGAUUCGGUUUUGGCUAUAUAUGCACCCUAAGGAUUUUUUGAGGCAAAACAACACGGGGAAGUUAUUAUGGCAAGUAUUUGGAAUUGAUGCAGCCACAUUAUGCAUAUUUGGCAUUGUUGAACAUGAAGAAAUUAUGUGGAAGGCGUUGAUGCAUUCAGGGAGAAACAAUAUUUGGUGCCUUUAUCCAAAUAAGAAUGCACCUACACAGUCUGUAGAGGAUAGCUUUGCUGAAUUUAAGUUAAAUAAUCUUCUCUCAGAAUCAUGCCAGUGCGAUGCGAGUGAAACCUUGAACUUUAUCUUGAUUGAUGGUACAUGGAGCAAUUCGGCAGCAAUGUUUAGGCGUUUGAAGGAGCGAGCAGAUUUAGUGUGGGGAGAGGAUUUACCUUGUAUAUCACUCACCACAGGUGCAUCGGCAAUGCAUAAACUCCGGCCUCAACCGUCAUGGGACCGAACGUGUACAGCAGCAGCUGCCAUUGGGCUACUAGACGAGCUACAUCUUGUUUCUCAAUUUAACUCAUUAGGGUUGGAAAAACAGGCAGAAGCAGUUGAGAAUAGUGUCGAUGUGUUAUUGGCCUCCCUCACCGCUCGAAGGGUUCGUAUGGGUCGUUCUAUCACUCGUACACAAAGACACCAUAAUGAUUUCUGUUAGGAUCUUGUUGCAGUUUCAUUUUUGCAUAAACACGAGUUACUGACUAAUUAGUGCCUCUUUACAAAGAAAUCAUUUUUGCGUACACAGACACCAUAAUGAUUUCUGUUAGCAUCUUGUUGCAAUUUCAUUUUUGCGUAAACACGAGUUAUGACUAAUUAGUGCCUCUUUAUAAAGAAAUCAUUGCAAUUAA